AUGGGCUUGCUAGACAUCAACAAACUCAUCAAGGCAGCAAACCUUAUAAAUGCUGGGAAUGGUGGCAAGAGCUUCAGUCGCAUUGACAACCUUUCCUCGCAUGAAAGGAUUCAUACAGGGGAGAAACGAUAUACAUGUUUCGAGUGUGGAAAGAGCUUCAGCUACAGUUCCAGCCUUACCUUUGAGUUGUUGAAGGGGAUGCUGGCAGAAGGGAACAAUCAGAAGUGUCACCAAAAAGGAUCCAAAGAACAAAGGAAUCUGAGGGUUCAAGAUGGAGGCAGCAGGCGAGAGGGGAGACGAAAGCAGAAGCCGGCGGGUGACUUUGGUACGUUUCAGGGUGUUGAAAAUCAAAUUCACAGAGAGGAGAAAAAGCAUGAAUGCAGCGUGUGUGGAAAGAGUUUUGGUCGUCGCUCAACUCUUACUAUACAUCAAAGAGUACACACAGGGGAGAAACCGUAUACAUGUUUAGAGUGUGGAAAGAGCUUCACUCACAGUACUGCCCUUAUCUUGCAUCGAAGAACUCAUACAGGAGAGAAACCAUAUAUAUGUUCCGAGUGUGGAAAGAGCUUCAGUGAACGUGGCCAUCUUACUAGGCAUCAAAGAACUCAUACAGGGGAGAAACCAUAUAUGUGUUCCGAGUGUGGAAAGCGCUUCAGUGAACGUGGCCAUCUUACUAGGCAUCAAAGAACUCAUACAGGGAAGAAACCGUAUAAGUGUUCAGAGUGUGGAAAGAGUUUCAGUCACAUUGGUGCCCUUACCUCACAUCAAAGAUCUCAUACAGAGGAAAAACCGUAUACAUGUUCAGAGUGUAGAAGGAGCUUCAGUCGGAGUAGCACACUUAAGUCGCAUCAAAGAACUCAUACAGGGGAGAAACCGCAUACUUGUUUGGAGUGUGGAAUGAGCUUCGCUCGCAGCAAUGCGCUUACUAGACAUCAACAAACUCAUCGAGGCAGCAAACCUUGUAAAUGCUGGGAAUGUGGCAAGAGCUUCAGUCGCAUUGACUACCUUUCCUCGCAUGAAAGAAUUCAUAUAGGGGAGAAACAAUAUACAUGUUUGGAGUGUGGAAAGAGCUUCAGUCGCAUUGACUACCUUUCCUCGCAUCAAAGAAUUCAUACAGGAGAGAAACCGUAUACAUGUUCAGAGUGUGGAAGGAGCUUCAGGUGCAGUAGCUCCCUUAUGUUGCAUCAACGAACUCAUACAGGAGAGAAACCAUAUACAUGUUUGGAGUGUGGAAGGAGCUUCAGUCACAGUAGCUCCCUUAAGUCGCAUCAAAGAACUCAUACAGGAGAGAAACCGUAUACAUGUUCAGAGUGUGGAAAGAGCUUCAGUCACCAUAGCGCCUUUAAGCCGCAUCAAAGAACUCAUACAGGAGAGAAACCAUAUACAUGUUCGGAGUGUGGAAAAAGCUUCAGUCACCAUAGCGCCUUUAAGUUGCAUCAAAGAACUCAUACAGGAGAGAAACCGUAUACAUGUUCGGAGUGUGGAAAAAGCUUCAGUCGCAGUAGCUCCCUUAAGUCGCAUCAAAGAAUUCAUACAGGAGAGAAACCGUAUACAUGUUCAGAGUGUGGAAAGAGCUUCAGUCAUCACUCAACUCUUACUUUACAUCAAAGAGUGCACACAGGAGAGAAACCAUAUAUAUGUUCUGAGUGUGGAAAGAGCUUCAGUCAUAGUUGCUCCCUUAAGUCGCAUCAAAGAACUCAUACAGGAGAGAAACCGUAUACAUGUUCAGAGUGUGGAAAGAGCUUUAUUUGGAGGAGGAGCCUUAUGUUACAUCAACAAACUCAUACAGGGGAGAAACCAUAUAAAUGUUUGGAGUGUGGAAAGAGCUUCAGUGAAAGUUAUUCCCUCACCUUGCAUCUACGAACUCAUACAGGAGAGAAACCGUAUGCAUGUUCAGAAUGCGGAAAGAGCUUUAUUUAUAGUAACAGCCUUAGGUUGCAUCAAAGAACUCAUACAGGGGAGAAACCGUAUACAUGUUCAGAGUGUGGAAGGAGCUUCAGUCAGAAUAGUUCCCUUUCCUCGCAUCAAAGAACUCAUAUAGGGGAGAAACCGUAUACAUGUUCAGAGUGUGGAAGGAGCUUCAGUCGGAUUAGCACCCUUAAGUCGCAUCAAAGAACUCAUACAGGGGAGAAACCGCAUACGUGUUUGGAGUGUGGAAUGAGCUUCGCUCGCAGCAAUGGGCUUACUAGACAUCAACAAACUCAUCGAGGCAGCAAACCUUAUAAAUGCAGGGAAUGUGGCAAGAGCUUCAGUCGCAUCGACUACCUUUCCUCGCAUGAAAGAAUUCAUACAGGGGAGAAACGAUAUACAUGUUUGGAGUGUGGAAAGAGCUUCAGCCAGAGUGGCAGCCUUACCUUGCAUCAAAGAUUGCACACAGGAGAGAAACCUUAUAAAUGUUUCGAGUGUGGGAAGAGCUUCAGUCGUGGUAGCUUACUUACAUUGCAUCAACGAACUCAUACAGGACAGAAACCGUAUACAUGUUCAGAGUGUGGAAAGAGCUUCAGUGACAAUGGUGCCCUUACCUCGCAUCAAAGAUCUCAUACAGGGGAAAAACCGUAUACAUGUUCAGAGUGUGGAAUGAGCUUCAGUCAGGGUAGCUCACUUAAGUCGCAUCAAAGAACUCAUACAGGGGAGAAACCGUAUACAUGUUCGGAAUGUGGAAAGAGCUUCUCUCGGAAGUUGCGUCUAACUAAUCAUCAGAGAAUUCAUACAGGGGAGAAGCCGUUUCAGUGCCUGGAGUGCGGCAAGUGUUUCAUUCACAACUGCAGCCUGUCGUACCACAAGAGGAUCCACACCGGCGAGAAACCCUACAAAUGCUUGGAGUGUGAGAAAAGCUUCACUCGGAAGAUCAUUCUCACCAAUCAUCAGAGAGUUCACACCGGCGAGAAGCCAUACAAAUGUUUCGAGUGCGGGAAGAGUUUCACCCGGAAGGUGAUCCUGGCAAACCACCAAACGAUUCACUCCGGGGAGAAACCGUACAAGUGCUUGGAAUGCGGGAAGAGCUUCACUCUGAAGGUGCACCUUACCGCACAUGAAAGAAUCCACACAGGGGAGAAACCGUAUAAAUGCCUGGAGUGCGGGAAGAGCUUCAGUCGGAACUCCAACCUCGCUUACCACCGGAAAGUCCACACGGGGGAGAAACCCUAUAAAUGCCUGGAGUGCGGAAAGGGCUUCAGAAACAGCACGAACCUGACUUACCACCAGGAAAUCCACACCGGGGAUAAGCCGUAUAAGUGUCUGGAGUGCGGGAAUGUGGAAAAGAGCUUCAGUGAAAGUUAUUCCCUCACCUUGCAUCUACGAACUCAUACAGGAGAGAAACCGUAUGCAUGUUCAGAAUGCGGAAAGAGCUUUAUUUAUAGUAACAGCCUUAGGUUGCAUCAAAGAACUCAUACAGGGGAGAAACCGUAUACAUGUUCAGAGUGUGGAAGGAGCUUCAGUCAGAAUAGUUCCCUUUCCUCGCAUCAAAGAACUCAUAUAGGGGAGAAACCGUAUACAUGUUCAGAGUGUGGAAGGAGCUUCAGUCGGAUUAGCACCCUUAAGUCGCAUCAAAGAACUCAUACAGGGGAGAAACCGCAUACGUGUUUGGAGUGUGGAAUGAGCUUCGCUCGCAGCAAUGGGCUUACUAGACAUCAACAAACUCAUCGAGGCAGCAAACCUUAUAAAUGCAGGGAAUGUGGCAAGAGCUUCAGUCGCAUCGACUACCUUUCCUCGCAUGAAAGAAUUCAUACAGGGGAGAAACGAUAUACAUGUUUGGAGUGUGGAAAGAGCUUCAGCCAGAGUGGCAGCCUUACCUUGCAUCAAAGAUUGCACACAGGAGAGAAACCUUAUAAAUGUUUCGAGUGUGGGAAGAGCUUCAGUCGUGGUAGCUUACUUACAUUGCAUCAACGAACUCAUACAGGACAGAAACCGUAUACAUGUUCAGAGUGUGGAAAGAGCUUCAGUGACAAUGGUGCCCUUACCUCGCAUCAAAGAUCUCAUACAGGGGAAAAACCGUAUACAUGUUCAGAGUGUGGAAUGAGCUUCAGUCAGGGUAGCUCACUUAAGUCGCAUCAAAGAACUCAUACAGGGGAGAAACCGUAUACAUGUUCGGCGUGUGGAAGGAGCUUCAGUCGGAGUAGCCACCUUAAGUCGCAUCAAAGAACUCAUACAGGGGAGAAACCGUACACAUGUUCGGAGUGUGGAAGGAGCUUCCGUCAGAGUAGCCACCUUAAGUCGCAUCAAAGAACUCAUACAGGGAGGAAAUCUUAGAAAUUUUUGGCGUAUGGAAAGAACUUCAGUGGCAGGGGCUCCCUUCCUAAACAAUAAAGAACUCGUACAAGGGAAACAUCUUAGAAAGGGUUGGAGUGUGGGAAGAUCUUUAAUCAUAUCAAAUAACUCCUACAGAGAGUAAACCAAUGAUCGUGUUCUGGUCACCCCAGGACAGCCAUUAUUGGAGUGGAAGAACUUUCUGACAGUAAGAGCUGUUUUGACAAUGGAACAGUCUCCCUCGGGAGGUGGCAGGCUCUCCUUCCUUGGAGGUUUUUAA